AUGAAAUCUUUCAUCCUGGCCUCUGCGGCCAUCCUCGCGGCCUCCCUCGAGCCUUUCAUUCUCACAACGACUACUGGAGAGAUAUUCCUUUCUAUACUGCUAGCGCUGUCUGCUGGAUGCAUCUCUAUUGAAGCUGAUGUCUUCCUUUUCAACGACACUCUCUAUGUUGGACAUGAAGAAUCGGCCUUGACCAAGGAACGCACUCUCCAGUCCCUUUACAUCGAGCCUCUCAUGAACGUCCUUAAGAAGACGAACCCCAAGAGCCCCUUUGUAAGUGGGCCUACUAGGCACGGUGUUUUCGAUACCUCCUCAGGCCAAACGCUGUACCUCUGGAUUGACGUCAAGAAUGACGGUGAAAAGGCCUGGCCUCACAUCGUCAAGGCUCUCCAACCACUCCGAGAUGCCAACUACCUGACCAAGGUCCAGAACAAUGAGACAUUUGUUCCGGGACCGGUCACUGUGAUUGGAACUGGCGGUACGCCACUUAGCCAGGUCGUUUCAGCCGCAGACCGUGACUAUUUCUACGAUGGCCCACUUAAGGAUUUGACUGGUUUUACUUCUCUGAUCUCUCCUAUUGCUUCCACCAGUCUCAUGGAGGUUGUUGGAGAUAUCAAAAGCGACAGCGAGAAUCCGCUUAACCCUACCCAGCUCGAGGCUGUUCGCAAGCAGAUCAAGGCCGCAAAGGACAAGAGCAUCGGUGUUCGUUACUGGGAGACUCCCGGAUGGCCCAUUCGUUUGAGAAAUGAGUUGUGGAGAACACUUUGGAAGGAAGGUGUCGCCUUAUUGAACGCCGACGAUGUAAAUGCUGCCAAGGGGUAUUUUUAA